AUGCUACCAGAAACUCGAAUCACUGUUUUAAGUAAAGCUCCGGAAGAUUUAACAACCCUGAAAGAAGCUUUACUCCCAUCAAAGAAGAUAUCAGCAAUACCUAAAACAACUACAGCUGCAACUGCAUUGGAUGCCAAAGCCAUAUCUGAUAUUGCAUCAAAAGCUGCAGAAGAAGCUACAGCUUUAGCAUUGAAAACUUUAGAUUUUAUGAAACAAUAUAAUGUACAAAUAGAUAUUGGACAAGGAAUAGUUAAUUUACAAGACAGAUUAGCUGAAGUCAUGUUAAUAACACAAGACAUAGGUUUUGUUAGGUCAACAAAAUCAAUAAAAAUAAAAGCAAAAUCUCAUGCUGAAAUUCCUGUUAGAAUAAGUAAAACUCCACAAGAUAUCACGGCAUUAUUAGAACCAAGUAAAUUUCUUAAGAAUUUAAACUUAUUAGGUGCAAAACGAUUAGUAAAAAUUAAAGCUAUAUAUCAAUUAUUAAACCCUACAAAUGUUGAAAUAAGAAUACCUAAUAGGGCAAUAUUAGCAACAGCACAAAAGAUUGAUGAUAACACUAAAACUGUUGAUAUAAAUGAUAAUGAGUCCUCGUUAAAUAAUGUUAACAUUAUGUCAACAUCGACAAGUACAAAUGAUAACAACAAAUUAGAUUUUGAUUUAAGUGAUUCAGAUUUGUCUAAUGAGGAGAAAGAUAAAUUAAUUACCUUUCUAAACAAUCACCGUAGUGUUUUUGCUACUAAUCUUAAAGAAUUAGGAACUACAAAUCGCUAUGAGCAUUAUAUAGAUACUGGUGAUAAUAAAUCAGAAUGUCUCAUUACAGACAAAAUCCUGAAACGCACAAAAUAA